GCCCGGGCGCGGCGCCACCGGGACCCCAGUGGCUCUGGGAGCCGGCGCGGCGGCGGGCGCCCGGGCGGGUUCCGCGCUGAGCCGCCACCUCGGCCGGCUGGUCCCUGCGGCGGCGGCCCGGGCGGCCCGGGCGCACGGCCCUUCGCCAUGUACACCUUCGUGGUGCGCGACGAGAACAGCAGCGUCUACGCCGAGGUCUCGCGGCUGCUGCUCGCCACCGGCCACUGGAAGAGGCUGAGGCGCGACAACCCCAGGUUCAACCUGAUGCUGGGCGAGAGGAACCGGCUGCCCUUCGGGAGACUGGGUCACGAGCCUGGGCUGAUGCAGUUGGUGAAUUACUACAGAGGGGCUGACAAACUGUGUCGCAAAGCUUCUUUAGUGAAGCUAAUCAAGACAAGCCCAGACCUGGCUGAAUCCUGCACAUGGUUUCCAGAGUCCUAUGUGAUUUAUCCAACUAAUCUCAAGACCCCAGUUGCUCCAGCACAGAAUGGAAUUCACCCACCAAUCCAUAAUUCAAGGACAGAUGAAAGGGAAUUUUUCCUGGCUUCUUAUAACAGAAAGAAAGAAGAUGGAGAGGGCAAUGUUUGGAUUGCAAAGUCAUCAGCUGGUGCCAAAGGUGAAGGCAUCCUCAUCUCCUCGGAGGCUACAGAGCUUCUGGAUUUCAUUGACAACCAGGGUCAGGUGCACGUGAUCCAGAAAUACCUUGAGCACCCUCUACUUCUGGAGCCAGGUCACCGCAAGUUUGACAUUCGAAGCUGGGUCUUGGUGGAUCAUCAGUAUAAUAUCUACCUCUAUAAAGAGGGUGUGCUUCGGACUGCUUCAGAACCAUAUCAUGUUGAUAAUUUCCAAGACAAAACCUGCCAUUUGACCAAUCACUGCAUUCAAAAGGAGUACUCAAAGAAUUAUGGAAAGUAUGAAGAAGGGAACGAAAUGUUCUUUGAGGAGUUCAAUCAGUACCUAAUAAGUGCUUUGAACAUUACCCUGGAAAGUAGUAUCUUACUACAAAUUAAACAUAUAAUAAGAAGCUGCCUCAUGAGCGUGGAGCCCGCCAUCAGCACCAGGCACCUCCCUUACCAGAGCUUCCAGCUCUUUGGCUUCGACUUCAUGGUGGACGAGGAGCUGAAGGUCUGGCUCAUUGAGGUCAACGGCGCCCCAGCUUGUGCUCAGAAGCUUUAUGCAGAACUAUGCCAGGGCAUCGUGGACAUAGCCAUAUCCAGUGUCUUCCCGCCCCCGGACGCGGAGCCACAGCACGUGCAGCUGGCUGCGUUCAUCAAGCUGUGACCGAGGGAGGUGCUCAGAGCUGCCUCAGAAGAAGCACGAGCUCCUGCUCCAGGGGAAGGUGAAAUGUCAGGAUUGCUCAUUACCAAGCCGGGACUGGAGAAAGAGAGGCAAACCGCAAAGCCGUGAUCCAAGGGAGAACACAAGAAGAAAAGGCCACUUCCCCAAAGAGUGGUGGCUCAGGGGUUCCCAGGGGGCGCUCUCAGCACUGCUAUGGAGAUGUGAAAACUGAAGCAAAUUUCUCUGAGGAGAGAGCAAAAUAUUCUUCUAAGGGGAAAAGACAGGGAUUUGAUUAUUUUACGUUCUCACCCUUUAAAAAAUCCAAUUUUUAUCCUAAGGCACAUUGUGAGCAGCGCCUCUCCUCCCUGAGGGUUGAGACUGUUGGACCUUUGGUUGGUGUCUUUCCACCUGCUGCAGCCUUAGUGCCUUAGCUCUAUGCCCAGCUGCAACCCUCCGUCCGGGGCAGGGAUUGGGGGAUUGCCGAGGUGUUCCCUGCCCGUCCCUC